AUGGUCGCUCUCUCCUUGUCGCUCUUGGGCCUCGGUCUCUUGUCCUCCGUCGCCACCGCUGCAUGCCCCGACCGCGUCCGCAAGUCGUGGGACGCACUCUCGACGCCCGAGAAGACGCUCUACAAGUCGGCGAUCCAGACGGCCAUGGACGCAGGCGCGUACGAGCGCUUCCUCUCGAUGCACCGCGAAGAAAUGUCCAACAUGGAGGCCCACAACACGUGCGUCUUUAUGUACUGGCACCGCCAGUUCCUCGUCGGGUUUGAAAACAUGCUGCGGUCGCUCUCGCCCGAGUAUGCGUGCGUGACGCUGCCGUACUUUGACUAUGUCAACCACAACGCCAAGUACACGACGCGCCAGUGCAAGUCGAUCGCCGAGUGCUCGCCGAUCCUCGGUCAGCUCGGCAGUUUUGCGAGCGGCAGUCGCAUGACGGUCAAGAUUGGCGACUACGACAUUUACGGCCGCUGCGACGCGACGCCGCCGCUCGAUCACUACUGCCAGCACCCGGCGACGACGCCUACCGCCAAGAAGGCGUGUGCCAAGUGUGUGCCGCGCGGCGACUACACCCGGCUGCAGUACCCGACCGAGCUCGGCUUCACCGGUGUCAAAGACGAUCUCUUCUCUGGACCGGACGUCGCGUCGGUCAACUCGGCCAUCGAAGCCAACCCGCACAACAACGUCCACAACGUCCUCCAAGGCGCCAUGGGCAACCCCUUCGUGUCGCCCUCCGACCCGAUCUUCUACUCGCACCACACGACGAUCGACGCGCUCAACACGAUCUUCUACAAGUGCCGCGCCAAGGGCGUCGUCAAAGCGUCCGAGCGCGCGACCAGCCGCCUCUCGUUCGAAGGCUGCGUCGUCAACGGUGCGCCCAUCACGGCCAACUCGAGCAUCACGAUGAACGUCAUCCACGCCAACGGCACUUCGAUUAAUGUCCGCCACCCGGGCAGCGGCGUCAGCCAGUACUUUCGCGACGUCCCCACGAGCUAUUACCAGCUCACGGACAACACAGACCUCGGCACCAACAGCUACAGCUACCAGUUUGCCGGCGUCAUGGCCGACCUCUACACCAACUGCAGCCUCGCGGGUGGCCUCACGACCAAGACCAAUUUGCGCCAGCUCGCCGACGAGAUCGACGUGCCCAUGACACCGCGCGAUGCGAACGGCGACCUCCAAAACUUUGUCACGGCCAAGCACGACACGGCGGUCGACGCCUACAUGAGCUGGCGCACGGACCUCGUGGCGGCGGGUCGCGACGCGCUCUUCUCCGACGACAAGAUCGAAGCCGAGAUCUACAAGGUCGUCGUCAUGUACUACAGCAAGUGUCUCCCCGGCGGCGUCGUCGACUUGAAGCCGCAGUUCAAGUCGCUCUGGCGCGUCCAGACGACGUCCAAGCAGGUCCAAGUGCUGAAUGCGAUCCUCGAUGGGUCGGCGCCGAUCGAGUUGCCGCACUACGCCGACAUCAACGACAAGCAUUUUGGCUGCCGUGGCGACUAA